UAGUCGGGUGUCCCCGGAGAUGAAGGACGUAGUGGGCGAGUCGGUGAUACCUCGCACACAAGCGCAUUUGGGCCUACAUCAAGGAACACGAUCUUCAAGAUCCACAAGACAAGAAGGUUAUAAUCUGCGAUGAGAAGCUAAAGAAGAUAUUUGAAGGCAAAGACCGUGAUGGGUUCUUGGAGAUUGCAAAGCUUAUCGGUCCUCACUUUCUCUGAAUGAAUUUACCUGAGAGAAAGACACAAUUGCUGACCCUAUGACCGUAUGUUUUGGUGAGCUUAUGAAAGAUCAGAAUAUAUAUAUAUAUAUAUAUGUUAGUAUAAGUAGAGUUUAAGAGGUUUUAUGCAACCAAGUAGUAGUUUAAAGCCUAUGGGGGAUAAUCUUUUCUUGGGUUUAUAUGUGUCUCCUUUGCCUCCCAUUGCAGUUAAAAUAUGUGCUUUAGUUUGUCUUAGGACUUGAAGAAACUCUUUUAAUGCAUCUGUUCUUCAUCUUAUUCACUUUUUGUCUUUCACAUUAUACUGUUAAAAAAAAAAAAAAAAAGGCUAUCCUAGGGAAUUUAUAAAAUAUUUUCAUGAUUCGAUUUUCAAGAUCACAUCUGCUAUGAAGAUAAUAAAAAGGGAAAAGGGAAAAUCCUUUUCAUGAUUAAUUUUGGAGAUAAGAUAAUCAAAUUUUAUAUUUCCUUUCUUCUACUGGGAACCGACUCUCAGUAGCUAGGGCAGGCUCAUCAUAGUCUCUCUAUAAAUAGAGAACCUCUCAACUAUCUAUAGCUUACAAAAGCAAACAACGAGAAAGAAACACAGCGUCAAGAAGAAAUCAAAUAUAUUUUUAAUCAAAGAAGAAGAAGAAGCUAUGGGUCUCUCUAAGGCACGCAAGCUACUCUUAGUCCUCGUCAUCACUUCUUACGUCUUUUCCGGGACUGCUCAUGCAUGGAGCUGGAGCUGGGGUUCUGGCCAAUCCGGUUCGAGCUGGGGAUGGGGUUGGAGCUCCGACAAUAACUCUGGCUUAGGUUCAGGUGGGUCAAACUCGAACUCAGGUGGUGGUUCAAGCUGGGGUUGGGGAUGGAGCUCGAACGGAACAGACACAAACUGGGGUUGGGGAAGCAGCUCUGGCUCAAACCACUCAAGCGGCACUGGCUCUACACACAACAAUCACAGCUCGGGCUCAAACCAGACACGCGGUAGUAGUAUUGGCUCUUCACACAAAAACCACACGGCUCAAGUAUCACCUAGAAGAAAGAUUGAGGUUAGUGUGUGGAAGAACGGAUUCGACUACCAAGAAUGGGCUUCAAAGCAUGCACCCUUCCACACCAACGAUGUCCUUUCUUUCAAGUACAACGGUAAAAGUCAAUCCAAGACGAAGAAGCACAAUAACAAGAACGAUGUCUACUUGCUCCCGGACUUGAAGAGCUACAAGAGAUGCGAUGUGAGCAGAGGGAAGAAGCUAGUCGCGAGAGGAGGCUCAUCAUCAGGGUUUAAGUUGCUUUUCCGCAAGACUCAUCAGACUUACUACUUCGCUAGUGGAGACCACAACGGCUGCAACCACAACAUGAAGUUCUCUAUCUCCCCGAUUCCUCGUUCUUCUUCACACACUAAACCCUAAUUCCACAUGCUUUCCCUUACGUUAAACUUCUACUUUGUUUCGUUGUUAGAAUCUCUUUAUUUUCCUUUUUCUUUUGUUUCUUGUGCCUCAAGUCAACGAUGGACUGGGUACUCCAAUUUCAUAGUUUUUAUCAAACUCAUUGACUAAAAUUUCAGGGACAAUUUAUUGGAAUUUUUCCGAUCGAUAGAUAAAAUAGCCAAAUCACUUUCUAUGAGAAAACUGAGCAAAAUAAUAUUUUAAAUGGUUUGGGUUUUAAAUAUUUUAAAAUCUUAUAAGAUUUGUAAGAGAUGUGAGAUAAAAAAAAAAAACUUUGUCAAUACAAAAUCAAAGUGAGUAGAA